AUGGCAGAAGCGGUCGCCACCCUGGCCUUGGCCUCAUCCAUUCUUCAAGUGAUUGAUUUUGGGACAAAGAUUGCCACAACCGCCUUCAAGAUCUAUCAAGCAUCUAGGAGCAGUGAUGAAAGCCUUGACGAGGUGUCUCAGCUACAAGUGGUCUAUACAAACCUCUCAUCGUCGUUGAAAACUCUUCAGACUGAGACCUCUUCAUCGGUGACGGGCGGUGAAAUCGAUGAAAAUAUACAAGCACUAGCACAGGGCUGUUCUGAUCUUGCAAAGGAACUCCUCGAAACUCUCCGCAAGCUUGGGUUUGGAAAAGCUCUGACGAAACGCAAAGCGCUGUGGGCCGCGCUAAAGCACACAUGGAAACACGAACAAUUAGUCAACCUCCAGAUACGCCUGGACAAGUUCAAAUCAGAACUCACGCUAUGUGUACUCAUCUCAGUUCGUCAAGUCGCAAGUCUCACAUUGUCCAGACAAGGAGAAUUACUCCAGAGACUUGGCAAGAGUGGAAAUAUCCCAAUCGGAACUUCAGUCUUGGAAUAUGUUACAUCCAGAUUGGAUGCAUCAUCACAAGAGAAGCACAGGCAAAUUCUGGAAAGGGAUCUCAUCGAAACGAUACAGGAUCAGAAAGCCAUUACUGGCAAUGAUACCAAUACUCGCAAAAUCGAGACCACCCAGAAGGUCAAACAGAAAUCCAUUGAUUUGCUUCUUGCGAGUCUAGAGUACCCAGGAAUGCAAGAUCGAGAAGGUAGAAUCGCAGAUCCCCAUGAAGUCACAUUUAAAUGGAUCUUUGAAAAGAGCAGCGACAAGUGGAUUAGCUUGAGGGAGUGGCUGGAAUCUGAUGGCAAGCUCUACUGGAUCACUGGCAAGGCUGGGUCUGGGAAAAGCACCCUGAUGCGAUACAUCAGCCAUCCUUACCCUCGUCCCGGUCAGCAAUACCCAAGGUCCCGUUCUCACGAGUAUCUAGAACGAUGGGCGGGAAACAAGAGGCUCAUUGUCGCGUCUUUCUAUUUCUGGAACUCUGGUCUUGAAGCACAAACUACACAGAGAGGGUUAUUGAUGACACUUCUGCGGCAAAUUUUCGAACAGUGUCCUGACCUCCUGGCGUUGGCUUCUCCCAGCAGAUGGGAGAAACUGUGCUUGUUCGGCCUGAAUCCGGACUGGACCGAUGUUGAACUACGGACCCUGCUCCUUCGGUCCAUUGAAAAUCUUGAGCAUCUCGAUGCGACAGUUGCUCUUUUCGUUGAUGGACUGGACGAGUUUGGUGGUGAUCUCAAGGUCUUGAUUUCAAUGUUUGAGGAGAUACGGAAGCUACCUUGUCACAAACUGUGUGUUGCAAGUCGACCAUGGAAUGAGUUUAGAGAUGCGUUUUCUCAAAAGCCUUCUCUUAUGGUUGAGCAUUUCACUCAUGAUGACAUCAAAAACUUCAUUAUCGCACGAUUCGACAGCGAUCCUAGAUUCGUCGAGCUACGUUCACGAGAGAGGAACUUUGCCAAUCAACUAGUCGAGGAUAUCGUCUCCAAAUCGUCUGGUGUCUUUCUUUGGGUUUCCCUGGUUGUGUCUUCGCUCCUCACAGGCAUGAGCAAUGGCGACCGUAUUAUUGAUUUCCAGCGAAGACUUGAUCUUCUUCCGCCAGAUCUUUCUGAUCUUUAUCGAAAAAUGAUACAAAGUCUGGACAAAUUUUAUCUCGAGCAUACUUCACAACUCUUUGCGCUUGUCGGAGCAAGUCGAGAGCCCAUGAACCUUCUCCUCGCAUCUUACGUGGAUGAGGAUCCAAGGCUUGCGCUCCAAACAAAGGUUGCACCACUAUCAGAUCAGGAUGUCAACAUUCGAAUGGAUACAAUGCGUCGACGUAUCAAUAGCCGGUCCAAGGGGCUGCUGGAAGUCAGUGGCGGAAUGUCGACGCAGCAAGGCAGCAUCUACAGUGCCGCAACUCAUCGAGAAGUCACAGUCCAGUAUCUUCAUCGAACGGUGAAAGAUUUCAUCGAAAGUGAUAGUGCCGUCCGAGAGACUCUCAGAACCGCCUUGAAACCAACGUUCGACCCGCAUCUUAUGCUGUUGGCUGGCCGGCUUGCCUACUCGAAAGUAGGCAACAUGGAUCCAAAUAAAAAUGCAGAUUACCUCACAGACUGCUUGCUUCAUGCCCGUGCUGUCAAAGAACAGAAUAUUGACAUCAUGAUCGAAUUACUGGACAAUAUGAGUGAACAGUUUCCAAUCAUCGAUAUGGGUCAUAAGCAUUUUCAACACCUAGGACCAUACAGCCGACCCACCAUCACAUUCAUGUCCUUGGCUACAGCUUGUUAUGUAGUUGAGUACAUACGAGUAAGAGGCACGAAGCCCUGUUUAACCAAACAUCCUGACAAACAAUGGCCAUUGCUCAUGGACGCUGUAUUUUCAAUGCUUGGAAAGCAUCUCCCCGCAACUAUACCAAGAGAACAUUUCAUGGCAACAAUCGAAGUUCUGCUUGAAAACGGUGCGGACCCGAAAUUCAAGAUAGAGGGUCUCGGUGAAGGCCCGACGAGGCAGAUGUCGCCGUUGGCACUGGUAGCAGUGGGGCUCAUGGAAGAUGCGGAAAACUUUUACCGCCACCUUGCAUGGCAACUACUUGCGAAGAAGGAUUGGUACGACUCAUGGACGAUGGAUUGCAUCACAAAUGACUAUGCAUUAAAGCCAUUCUGGAGGAGCCGUACUACACAAUUCGGUUUCAAAUUUUGGGCCCGGUAUCGGUUCAGAAAAUCCGUGCGGAAAGCCUUGAAUGAUGCAGCCAAAGGGGGCCGCCCUGAUAUCUCGCAGAUUUAG